GUAAACAAUGAUACCUUUAUCACUUUUACUUGUUCUAUUAUCAAUUGAAACCCAUUUUUUAACUCACAUGCAGAACUUUUUUAAUCUAUGCCAGAUACAUAAAUAUUAAACCAACAUCAAUUUCCAUGAACCAAAUUCAUCAUUUUGCUUGUAUAUUUAUUUAAUGUAUAUACUCGUAGGUGAGCCGUCGCUUUGUGUUAGGGAUUUAUUAUAAAAAUGUAGGAUAAUUAAUUUCCCCAUUUUUUGUGAUUAAUUAAUAAAUUAUAUUUUUGUCAUCAAAUAAGUUAAUAUUAUCGCUCAAUAUUUAAUAUUAUGUCAACUGCCAGUUUAUCCGCAGUAAUUACACAUGAUCCAGCAAAGAGCAGUUCAUAUGGUUGCUUCAAGCACCAAAAUAAUGGGGUCAGUGACUCCAAAGCGGAUUCCAUGCUGCCACUAUUUGGCAACAGAGUAAAUUUUGAUUCUGAAUCGGAACAAUCCAAAGGACGCAACCAGAAAACCUAUUUCGGUGGCUACACACCGUUCGAAGUCUUCUGCAUAAUUCUAAUCGCUCUAUCUGGUCUUUCCAUCCUUAUCUUGCUUGUGGCAUGGGGUCCCAUCAUGUCCAUCCAUCUCAAAUACUGGAGUGGAGCCACAUCAGAAACCCCAAAGAAUCCCCCAAACGAUCCCCAAACGAAACGAGGAGACUCUGACGGUGUUGGGCAAAAUGAAAUCGUCCACAUAACAUCAUUAAAUGAUUUUAAUCAAAUUGAUGAGACCACAGUAACGUUAGUAGUUGACUCCUUGACGGCUGUAGGUAAACGUAACUUAAUUUCAAAUUCGUUUAGGAAAAGUAUCCAAAGGCUUGAAUUGCUCGGACCUGUGAGUGAAGAUGCCCUGUCAAUAAUCUUCGAAGAAUUUAACUUGAUUAGGUACUUGCACGUUGACGUAGACAAGUCAUGCAAUACUGAUCCAAAUGAAAGAAACAAUAACAAAGCACCUGUUAUAGAAAUGCCAAUGCCAAUGUUGACAUCAGUUUUUGUCAAUAAUUCCGAAAAAUGUAAAAUAUUUGAUUGGACAAUCAGUCUGGAAACUCCUAGGUUGAAAAAAUUUAAAGCAGUUGAUACUAUUUUGGAACUCGAUAAUUUUAACCUCGUUAAACAGUUCUUGUCACACGCACAGAAUAGUUUAGAAGAAAUCGAAAUUACGAGAAGUUUCAUAUGCAAGGAUUGUGACAUUUCAGAUGUGCAAUAUGACAAUUUAAUCAAGAUGACUGUGAACAAGAGAAGAACAAAAGCCAAUCUUUUAGAGCCAAUUUAAUACUUACAACAACAAUACCUUUCCAACGAUCUCUUUGAAUUGCCUAUGUCCAAAAUCAUAGAAUUCUUUCAAACAAACCUAAAUAAUUAAUAUGUCUUGCAUAUCUAAUUGUAUAGAAAAGCAAUACUGCUCAAUAUUGUAUAUACACGACAAUUUCUAUUAUAAUAGCAUGAAUGGAUUUUAGUCCAAGAAUAGGUCAAAUGCCGUUAGCAUGGUCAAUGGUCAAUGCAUGUGCCACAUGCAUUUAUUUAUGAGUUUAAUAAUAAAUAUGUUUGAUAGACAUUAUUAUUUCUUUAGAAUAAAAAUGAAUUUAUUGUAAGUAUCAAUAUGAAUACUUUAGCAAAUAUUGAUGGCUUAAAGCGUGAAAUGCGCUUAUUAUGUAAUAAUAACUUGAAUAAACUUGCAAAAACUUGA